AUCUGUGCAAAAUAGUUCAAAUCAAAUGUCAUUUCAGCUGACAACUUUUUUACAGAGAACCAAUGUAUUUUUAUAAAUAAAUCGUUGUAAACAUGGCAAAUACAGGCUUAUUGCCGUUUGUUCGCGGCGUGGACUUUACCUGUAAUGAUUUCAGUGAUGACAAAUUCCCGGAUGCUAUUCGGUAUAUGACUGGCCUCCAGUGGCUACGACUUGACAAGACUAACCUGACAGAUAUCCCUGAGGAGUUAGGCAAGUUGAUGAAAUUGGAGAAUUUAUCAUUGAAGAAGAAUAGUUUAGAGAAAUUAUUUGGUGAGUUAACUGAGCUGAAAUGUCUGCGGUCCCUGAAUGUAAGGCACAACAAUGUAAAGAGCUCUGGGAUCCCGGCUGAGCUGUUCAGGUUGGAAGAGCUCACCACCUUGGAUCUAUCACAUAACAGGCUGAAGGAAGUUCCUGAAGGAUUAGAGAAAGCCAAAUCAUUGCUAGUCUUAAAUCUCAGUCAUAAUAAAAUUGAGAGCAUCCCACCUACAUUAUUUGUGCAACUGACAGACUUAUUGUUUCUGGACCUAUCCAACAAUCUGCUGGAGACUUUGCCCCCUCAGACCAGGAGACUAGCAAACUUGCAAACACUUAUACUUAAUGACAAUCCCCUCGGAGUUUUUCAACUGAGACAAUUGCCUUCUCUUCAAAGUCUGGAAGUACUUCACAUGCGGAACACACAAAGGACUCUUGCCAACCUUCCGUCAUCUCUGGAUACCCUCUCCAACCUAUCAGAUGUGGAUUUAUCGAAGAAUGCUUUAACCAAAGUCCCUGAUGCCUUAUACUCAUUGCUCAGCCUCAAGAGAUUGAACCUCAGUGACAAUGAAAUCACUGAAGUGUCUUCAGCUAUGGACAAUUGGCAGAAACUGGAGAGCUUGAACUUAUCACGAAACAACCUGACUGUGCUGCCUGCUUCUUUAUGCAAACUGCAGAAUCUAAGGAGGUUGCAUGUGGACGACAAUAAGCUGGACUUUGAAGGUAUACCUUCUGGCAUUGGGAAGCUGGGAAGCCUCGAAGUGUUCUCAGCUGCCAACAACUUGUUGGAGAUGAUACCUGAAGGACUGUGCAGAUGUGGAUCUCUCAAGAAACUGAAUCUAAGUUGCAAUAAGCUUAUCACGCUCCCUGACGCUAUUCACCUACUGAGUGACUUAGAAAGUCUUCAGCUGCAUGGAAACCCUGAUCUGGUAAUGCCGCCGAAGCCAGUGGAGCGACCAAGAGGGGCUGGACUCCAGUAUUAUAACAUUGACUUCUCUCUGCAAGCUCAACUGCAACUGGCCGGUGCCGCUUCCAAUGAACCUACUACGCCUAACAGUGUAAAAUCCGACCCAAUCGCUCGAAAGAUGCGCUUAAGACGUGGUCGAGCUGAGCCGGAACAACGUGAUUCCGCACUUAUCCUCCGCGGUAUGCAGGAACAGGCCAACACUCAGCACAACGACCAGAAACUAGAGCAGAAGAACUCUGAACUUAAACCGAAGCGAUGGGAUGAGAGCUUGGAGAAGCCGCCGCUAGAUUACUCGGAGUUCUUUGACGAGGACACGGGACAGACUCCCGGCCUCACCGUGUGGGAGAUCGAGAACUUCAUACCAGCGCCAGUCGAUGAGGUGGCACACGGUAAAUUUUUCGAAGGCGAUUGUUACAUAGUUUUGAAGACUGCCAUCGAAGAGCAAGGACAGCUCUCCUGGGACAUACACUUCUGGAUCGGGUCUAAAGCUACUCUGGACAAGGCAGCGUGCGCGGCGAUGCACGCAGUUAAUUUACGAAACUUACUCGGGGCGAAGCGCACCCAGCGACACGAGCAGGCAGACGAGACACCGGAGUUCCUGGCUCUGUUCCCCACCCCGCCCGUCUACAUACAGGGCAGUCACACACCCUCAGGGUUCUUCACGGUCGAUGACCCGCACUACGUGACCCGGCUGUACCGCGUCCACGGCGCCGGCAACAGUAUCCACCUGGAACCAGUAGCGGUGCAAGCCGACUCACUCGAUCCUCGCUACGUCUUCGUUCUUGAUACUGGACUCGUUAUUUAUUUGUGGUAUGGGAAAAAAGCAAAGAACACCCUGAAGUCCAAAGCCCGUUUAUUUGCGGAGAAGAUAAAUAAAGAAGAAAGGAAGAACAAGGCUGAAUUGAUUACUGAAGCACCCGGCAAAGAGCCGGCCAGCUUUUGGGAGACUCUUGGAUAUGAAGGAGAUCUGCCCUAUGUACCACAGGAGCACGUGCCUGCGGAGUUCACGUGGGCGGGGGCGCGGCUGUACCGCGUGGAGCUGGGCAUGGGCUACCUGGAGCUGCCGCAGCCGGAGAGCUGUCCUCUCGCGCGCGCAGUGCUACUCACCAGGAACGUCUACAUACUCGACGCUCAUGUCGAUGUUUUUGUCUGGUUUGGCAAGAAGUCAUCUCGCCUAGUCCGCGCAGCCGCGGUGAAAUUAGCGCAAGAGCUAUUCAACAUGGUGGCGCGACCUCCGCAUGCACUCGUCACACGACUGCAAGAGGGAACCGAGACACAGGUGUUCAAGACUUACUUCCUCGGUUGGGAGGAGGUUAUAGCGGUGGACUUCACGCGUACAGCGGAGUCGGUCGCCAGGACUGGCGCUGACCUCGCCAGCUGGGCUAAACAACAAGAGACCAAAGCGGAUCUCUCAGCAUUAUUCACUCCGCGGCAACCAGCGAUGGGGGCUGCAGAGGCCAAGACUCUCGCGGACGAGUGGAACGAGGAUCUAGAAGCAAUGGAAGCAUUCGUGCUGGAAGGCAGGCACUUCGUGCGCCUGCCGGACCACGAGCUCGGCGUCUUCCAUAGCUGUGACUGCUACGUCUUCCUGUGCCGAUAUGUCUUACCAGCAGAGCCGGAAGACGAGACUGAUGCAACGAAUCCAUGCGAAGACGACUCGGAAUCGGAGGCAGCGACUUGGGUGGUGUACUUCUGGCAGGGCCGGCGCGCCCCUAACAUGGGCUGGCUGACUUUCACCUUUGGACUCGAGCGCAAGUUCAAACAGCUCUGCAAGAGGCUCGACGUCGUCAGGACCCACCAGCAACAAGAGAGCCUCAAGUUCAUGGCUCACUUCCAUAGGCGGUUCAUCAUUAAAGAUGGCAAGAGGAAUCAGAAGCCGGAGAGCGGUCGCCAGCCGGUAGAACUUUACGAACUACGAAGCAAUGGAUCCGCGCUGUGCACGCGACUCGUACAAGUGAAAGCGGACGCCUCACAGCUCAACAGCGCAUUCUGCUACAUCCUGAACGUGCCACUAGAGGGCGCUAACGACACGUCCUCGGCCAUCGUAUACGCGUGGAUAGGCAGCAAGAGUGACGCAGACUCCGCACGACUCAUUGAACAGAUCGCUGAGGAGAAGUUCAACAACCCUUGGGUUAGCUUGCAGGUAAUAACAGAAGGCAGCGAGCCUGACAACUUCUUCUGGGUGGGUAUUGGCGGCCGCAAGCCCUACGACACCGAUGCAGAUUAUCUCAACUACACCAGGCUGUUCCGAUGCUCCAACGAGAAAGGAUACUUUACUGUCUCCGAGAAAUGUACCGAUUUUUGUCAGGAUGAUUUGGCUGACGACGAUAUAAUGAUAUUAGACAACGGCGACCAAGUGUUCCUAUGGCUCGGUGCCAAGUGCUCCGAAGUCGAGAUAAAAUUGGCUUACAAAUCUGCACAGGUUUACAUCCAACACAUGAAAUCUAUGCAACCGGACAAGCCACGCAAGCUUUUCCUCACUCUCAAGAACAAGGAGUCGCGGCGGUUUACCAAGUGCUUCCAUGGAUGGGGAGAACACAAGAGGCCUCCCGAGUAAAUUAAACCAUAGAUCUGCAUUCGCCAACGACUAGAAACCAUUAGACAUACCCAUAUCUAGUUUUCUAUGAGUGAGUUUUAGUUAUUAAGUAAAAUUGAGGCACACAUUUUAUUAAAAAGACAAGACAUAAUGUUCCUUCAACACAUUUUGGACUUAUUUUGAUAUUUAAGAUUAACAUUGACAUCAUAAAUUCAUAAUAACAUUAUUAUAUGGAAACAGUAUUCAGUAGAUGAUAUGUUUUAACGUUGAAGUCUUGAAGUUUUUAUAAACAUGUUUACAGUAUGUGUCAAUAACAGAAAUGUGCUAUAACAAGUAUUACAAGUUAUCAUUAUUGUGAAUGUUUAAUGUGCUUCCAGAUAGACAUAAUACAAGGGAGUAUAAUGUUGAUAUUAAUUACACUCCUCAUGUUUUAGCAACUGUUAAAAACUUUCUUGUUUUAUUUUCUUGACUUUACUUCUCCUUCAUCACAUCAUUAUUGCAGUAGAAAAUUAAGUGGUUUGUCAAAAAUGAAAGACUGAAUCAUGCCAUUAUUUCAUUUAUUUGAUUGAACAUUCAUAUAUGAAGUAUUAAGCACAAGUGUUUAUUGCUACAUUUGUGAGAGUAACCUCUGACUAGAUUAGCUGAGAUUGCCUUGUGUGUCACUCUUUUGACAAAUGAAACAUGCAUUUUUUUUGUAAUGCAUUUAUUAUUGUGACAAGAUUUGAUUGAUGCAUAUUUAAUGUAGCUGUAUAUAGAAUGCUAUUUUAUAUGAUCACAAUUUAAUGUAUUUAUAUGUAAAUCAUGUAAAUAAGAGAUUUUUAAUAUAAUAAAAUCCAUAAAUUAAACAAAAUUCUUAAGUAUUGUGAACAAUGCUAUUUUGAUGUUGAGCACAAAAUUUUAAUGUUUUUGUAACAAUCCUUAUAAUAAAAUAUAACAAUAAAUGUGAUUCUUAUUUAUUAUAAACCCGCAUUAAUAAUACACUAUCUGAAACAAAAUUGUUGUUAAAAUUAAUAAAAAAUAAUACUUUAAUCUACAAGCAGAAUACAGUAUAGUUAUCAAACUACACUACAUGGAAGCGUGAAGACAUACACAAUGAGUGUACCUGAUGUAUCUUAAUCAUCGUCGUCGUCGUCAUCGGAAGGAACAAACAGUUCGUUUUCUUCCAAGAAAUUAGCAAUGUUUUUACUAAUAGCUGCUCCGAUGAGCAAGCCUGGCACCACGGCCAACACUAUACCUAUAAGACCACCAGGGGUCUUCUCUGGUUCAGGCAAAAUAGCACCAGUCGGUGUGGUUGUAGCAGUCCUCCUUUGUACGACGUUCUCAAACUUUGUUAGAUUUUUCGAUUGCGCUACCAACCGAGUAAAUCGAAGAAUAGCCAUUUUGUUGAAAUUCAAUUCAAAUUCAAAGUUUGUUUUAGAUUUGAUUAUUUUUAGCUAUAAUUUCUUCCGCAGUCCCAGACAGAGGUUUGUCUGUUAGUUGACAAAUGACUGACAAAGUGACA